AGAAGUGAAGUCUUGGCCAGAGUUUGCUUCUUGCCAGGAAAUCCGCGGAGGCGGCGAGUCCCGGCCGAGCGGACCCCGUCUAGCUCCCGGCUCUCCCUUAGCGGACCGCGGAGAGCGGGAGCGGGAGCUGGCGCUGGUCUGCUGUGCCGGGAGCCGUGCGCGCUCCGGGCAGCCGCGCUUUCCCUAAAAAAACAAACCUUGGCUUUAGUCAGAUACACCUCUGUCUAUAAAAGGAAAGCAAACCUUCAGUGGAAGUCUAACAUAUGAGUGUACAGAAUCUGUGCCACUUGAUUCAGAAUGGGAACAACAAAUGAUGAGAUGGCGUCAGUGGAACAGACCUCUUCCUACUCCUCCCUAAAUCCCCUGUGCUUUGAGUGUGGCCAGCAGCACUGGACAAAAGAAAACCACUUGUAUAAUUACCAGGAUGAAGUGGAUGAUGACCUUGUCUGCCAUAUUUGCCUUCAGCCUCUGCUGCAGCCACUCGAUACACCGUGUGGACACACUUUCUGCUACAAGUGCCUCAGAAACUUUUUACAAGAGAAAGAUUUCUGUCCAUUGGAUCGGAAGAGACUUCAUUUCAAGUUGUGUAAGAAGUCUAGCAUUCUAGUUCAUAAACUUCUAGACAAAUUAUUAGUUUUGUGUCCGUUUUCUUCAGUGUGCCAAGAUGUAAUGCAACGCUGUGAUCUGGAGGCACAUCUUAAAAACAGAUGUCCUGGAGCUUCUCAUCGGAGAGUUGCCCUGGAAAGAAGAAAAACUAGUAAAACUCAGACAGAUAUUGAGAAUGAAAGUGGAUCCACUAUAAUAGAGCCCCCAGGUACUUCAUCCCCAGAAAUGGACUGCUCAGGGACAAGGACAGGCACAGUGCCCACCGAGCAGAACUUGACAUCUGUGUCUCUUCCCACAUGGACUGAGGAGCCUGGCCUGGACAACCCCGCCUUUGAGGAGAGCUCUGGAGCUGACAGUAUGUGCUAUUCACCUCCUCCUGCUGCACAACAGCCACUUAGUUUACCAGAAGGAGAAAUCACCACAAUUGAAAUCCACCGCUCUAAUCCAUACAUUCAGUUAGGAAUUAGCAUUGUGGGUGGCAAUGAAACGCCACUGAUUAACAUUGUCAUCCAGGAAGUCUACCGGGACGGGAUCAUUGCCAGAGAUGGGCGACUCCUUGCUGGAGACCAGAUUCUUCAGGUCAAUAACUAUGAUAUCAGCAAUGUGUCCCAUAACUAUGCCAGAGCUGUCCUUUCCCAGCCCUGUGCCACACUGCAUCUGACGGUGCUGCGAGAGAGGCGCUUUGGCAACCGAACAUACAACCAUUCUGAUGGGAACUCUCUCCGCGAGGAGAUUUUCCAUGUGGUUCUUCAUAAACGGGACUCCGGUGAACAGCUUGGCAUCAAAUUAGUCCGAAGGACAGAUGAGCCAGGUGUUUUUAUUCUCGACCUAUUGGAAGGGGGGCUGGCAGCCCAGGAUGGCAGGCUUAGCAGCAAUGACCGAGUGCUGGCCAUCAACGGGCAUGAUCUGAAGCACGGGACCCCAGAGCUUGCUGCCCAGAUCAUUCAGGCUAGUGGAGAGAGGGUGAACUUAACAAUUGCUAGACCAGGGAAACCCCAGCCUAGCAACACCACCCGGGAAGCAGGAACUCACAGUACCAGCCAACACCACGCACAGCCGCCCUCCCACAACAGACCAAACUCACAUAAGGAUCUUACUCAGUGUGUUACAUGCCAAGAAAAACAUAUUACUGUAAAGAAGGAACCACAUGAGUCCCUUGGAAUGACAGUUGCUGGGGGCAGAGGCAGUAAGAGUGGUGAAUUACCCAUCUUUGUGACCAGCGUGCCACCUCAUGGCUGCCUCGCACGAGAUGGCAGGAUCAAGAGAGGUGAUGUGUUGCUGAAUAUUAAUGGCAUUGAUUUGACCAAUCUAAGUCACGGUGAGGCUGUGGCUAUGCUGAAGGCCAGCGCUGCUUCCCCAGCAGUCGUCCUCAAAGCAUUGGAGAUCCAGGUUGUUGAGGAGGCAACUCAGACUUCAGAAGAGCAGCCAAGUGCUUUCAGUGAAAACGAAUAUGAUGCUAGCUGGUCUCCAUCAUGGGUCAUGUGGCUUGGGCUUCCAAGUGCCCUUCACAGCUACCAUGAUAUAGUUUUACGAAGAAGCUACUUGGGAAGCUGGGGCUUUAGUAUUGUUGGUGGAUAUGAAGAGAACCAUACCAAUCAGCCUUUCUUCAUUAAAACCAUUGUGUUGGGAACUCCUGCUUACUACGAUGGAAGGUUAAAAUGCGGAGACAUGAUCGUGGCUGUAAAUGGUCUUUCAACAGUGGGCAUGAGCCACUCUGCCCUGGUUCCCAUGUUAAAAGAACAAAGGAACAAAGUCACUCUCACUGUCAUUUGUUGGCCUGGCAGCCUCGUAUAAGUUUUUGAAACUAGUUUCCAGUCUUGCUUCUUCCCAUGUAGGUUUUUAAAAGGAAUCUCUUUGGUGUCAUUGUGUUUCUCCUUGAUAGGAGUUCCUGGCACAGCUGGUAGACACAGGGCCAAAAACCACUAAGAUCAUCCUUUUAUGUUUGUUUAAAUAGUUUCCUAAACUUAGCUGCAUUUCUGUUUGUUAGCUUGGAAACAGCCUUCCACUAACCCUGGUGAGUUUAUACUUUCAGAAUUCAGAUUCUCAGUGGUCAAAAUGUUAACCUACAGUAAUGAAUGAAGCCUGCCCAAACUGUGACCCAGCUAGCUGGAUUAUAAGUGGUGGUUCUUUGUUUUUAGUGACUGAAUCAUAAAGUGAGUUGUAUAUCCCCCAAGACAGUGUCAGCGCAGCCACUAACAAUAGUGUUUGCUGCCAGACAGUGCCGUGAAUGAACACAUUGUAAGUUUGGCUGAUAACCGUUGCUCAUUUUUCAUUGGUGCCAACAUUUCAAAACUUUAUACUGUUUAUAAAGUGAUUUUCUGGUUUAUUUUACUUCUACUUUAAUCUCUCAGUACUCAUAGAUGAUAAAGACAUAAAUCUGAUAACCACUAAAGAGUUUUUUUUUAAAUAGUUAUAAUAAUGUACUGUUAUUAAAAUAGUGGAGAAGAAAAGAUAAUGUUA